AUGCACGCUGUUGUCAAACUCAACCAAGACAAAAGCUACAGCCCCGUCGAGAUAAUCAACAAGGCCAGGAAACACGACCAAGAGCUAGAAAAGAUCAAGGCUUCCCUACCUCAAGUAUGGCAACCCAUAAGAGUCCAUCUCAAGGCGCCUUCGGACCACUACUAUGGAAAUCUGUAUAGCCUCUGUCUCCAUCCCGUCAUAACUCAGAUGUGGAACUAUACGCGGUUUCUUGGGAUCCAGAUACACGAAAUCAUAAGAACGAAUCUGGUCAGGCUUUAUGAGGAACAUGCGCCACCAAGCUUCGAUGUUGCUUCCCUAAAGACAUGUAUACAGUUUGAGGAGGACAUACUGCGGGCUAAUAUCGCGGCAAUCAUCUCCGCGGUGCCUCAAAUUACGGGUAUGGUACCAUCACCUGCACAGCCUUUCGCACAAGGGAAAAAGACCGAUGAGGAUUCUCCAGACGAAGAUGUCAUGAGAGAACCGGGCACCUUUAUUAAUUCGGUCGUUUCGCCAAGGCUGAUGCAGAUCAUCCAGCCAAUAUAUACCGUGGGUAUGUGUGUGCUUAUUACACCUGGUCUGCGGGAGUGGAUCAUUAAGAUUCUCCAUUUUGUUGCACUGAGAAUUGGGUCGAGACAGGCAGUCGUUUUUGCAGCUGAGCUACAGGAGCUUCAGGAACAUGAACCAACGAUAGCGCGUGAUCGUGAAGACAUAGCUGAGUGGAUAACGUUGGGUUCUGGAGUAAUAUGA